ACCUAUCAGCUUUGUAUAAAAAGAAGAAAAUGAAUUCAUCACGAAUUCACUUAUAGAAUAUGUAUGUUGAAAAAAUGUAUUAUUUGAAAUCAUUUUAUAUUAUUUUAAGCCUUUUGUUUAGCUUAGAACUAUUAAGAGCACAAAACCUCAAUAUGACCACUAAUAUAAGUAAUAUAACCACUACGCGUCUAAAUGAAAGUAAGGAGCUGCUAGCGAAUGAGGUAAAUGACGAACAAAUUACUCGACGAGUGGUAAAUGGAGUUGAAGCCAGGCUCGGGCAGGUACCAUUCUAUGUGGCACUCAAGAGAGGCUGGUGGUUGGACGGGGUGUUCAACUACGUUACAUACUGCGGGGGCACCCUCGUGGCUCCAGCCAAGAUUAUCACGGCGGCGCACUGCUUCAUCGAGAUGAAGCCAAUGAUUUGCGAAUAUCCGAAAUACAAGGCAAUGCCAUUUUUAAGUCAUACGUUUGCCGUAAUGGGCCAGUUGACUAACUUCAUUGAGAACUCCCCAAAAAUGAAGAAAGAAGGACAAUGGCGAAAACUUAAAAAUUUCACCUAUCAUUCGGGGUAUUAUCUUCCAUUCAACGACAUUGGAAUUUUGUUUACAACAAGACCGUUUAUAUUAAAUCAGAACGUGAACAUAAUCAACUAUGCACGGAGGCACAAGGAAUACACUGGGCACUGCACUGUUGCAGGAAUGGGAAUAACUGAAGAAGGGACGCAAUCAGUAGUAUUGCUAAUUGCCCCGGUGGAGGUCAUUGGCACAAACGAUUGUAAAAAGAGGAUGAGCUUGAUUGGGAUUAAUCAUAAUUAUCAACAAAAAAACAUGUACAGAAUUAUAUGCAGUACGAUAUACAAAACGAACACUGGCCAGGGUGACUCCGGAGGACCGUUGUUCUGCAGCAAAACCGGAGAAGAAGGAGAAUCAUCAUUUGGCAUUCUAGUAGGAGUUGUAUCAGGUGAAAUGACUCAUUUCGAAAAACAUAAAAGUAUUGCAUUUUACACGAGGAUCUCACGUUUUGCAGAUUAUAUAGAUAGAAACGAAGCGAGACCAAUGAUGCAACACACAUUUCACUCAAUUCACAUUGUUACGAGUAUCGGUAUCUUGAUAUUCAGACUUUCAGACUAUGUUUUCUGUAGACCUUCCCUUAGUGAAACUUUUGUCUUCGAUGUAUUUUAAGGUCAAUUAAUAAUUUUUUAAUAAAGAUACUUGUUUUUUUUA